ACAAAAUCAAUAUCGAGUGGUGUUUAUACAAUCAGUCAGUUUAAAAUAUAGAACUCGAAACAAAACAACAUUUUAGCUGGUUUUCAAAAAACGCUGUUACUUGUUCAUCAAAAUCUGACGACAAGGGACUAAAGCCCAUCGAGACGAAAAAUGAAAGCUGGGAAAAUGUUCGGCAUCCCCGUAACAAUACAGCUCAUACUGCGAACCGAAUGGGAACCUUAAUGCAUUCAACAAGAAGCGAAACUGGCGACAUUACAUUUAUUAUUGGAUCAACAGAAAUUAAAGCACACAAAGCUGUGUUGGCUGCAUUUAGUCCAAAGUACAUGGCACAAUUUUACACUAACUUCAGUGUAGAAAAUCCAAUCGAAGUAAAGGAUGUGUCCGCUGCUGCAUUUAAGGAAUUUCUUCAGUUUUUCUAUUUGGACACCGUCAAUUUGACGCACAAAAACAUCACUGAUGUCUUAACGCUGACCGCAGAAUCAGUCGAAGGAUUUUUUGAUGAAUGCGUCAGUUUUCUUAGUGACACAUUAACUGUUGACAAUGUGUGCCAGUGUUAUCAUUUGGCUGUAAAGUAUAACAACGACGACUUAAUUAAGAAGUGUGAACGUAAAAUCAGUUCCGAUUCGUCCAAGGUAUUCCUAUCAGACACAUUCCUCAGCUGUACAGCUGGUGAUCUGUUCAACAUUUUGCAAUUGGACUCAUUGAACUGCAAAGAAACUGACGUGUUCGAUGCGUGUAUUCUAUGGGCCGUUAACUGCGGUGCUAUGAACGGAUUGGAUUCGGAAAAUGUGGAAGAAUUACGCAAAAUUCUUACCGACGAAAAUCUUCCCGGUCAAUUGCUCCAUCAAAUUCGAUUCGGUGCGAUGACCAUCAAGGAGUUUAUGAAUUAUUACAAAAACUACAAACAAUUGUUUACGGAGGACGAAAGAGACGAGAUCCUUUACAUGAUUGGAAAGGUGAACAAUUUCGAACCGAAACGAUUCAACGACGAAUCUAGACUCGUUCCCUACAAAGAAUGGUGCGAAGAAGACAGCAUUGUGUGCUAUCGUACUUCACGUGCAAAUGAAAAGGAAAGUUUUCGUUUUGGCAUAAACGAAACAGUGUUCUCCACCGAUCGACUCUUUCUACUCGGAGGUUUCAGUUGUGGCAGUCUGCUCGAGAAGAAAAGUAAUGUCACGGAAAAUGAUCAACAGCCGGAUGAAAAGUGCGUCACAACCAGUGUGUCAUUGAUUCGAAAGCGCGCAAUUGGUGACAAAGUUGGGAAAACGUUGUUCAACACAACGGAAAAACUCACCUUCAAGGCCAAAGAGGAAGCGUUUGUCAUACUUCAUCGUCCCGUCAUGAUCAAACCAACGUUUUUUUAUGAAAUUCAAUUAGACUUCAAAGAAGGAUUCAGUGUUAGAGACUACGAAUUUAAUACUGAAGUAAUCCUGCGCCCAAAAACAUCGCAAUUUAAGACUGAAGUCAUCCUGCGCCCAAAUACAUCGCACUCAUUCAGUGGCUUCGGUGCACCGGUUAACGGAUUUAUUAUGAAAGAUGAAGAACGAACGGUGGUUAAGUUUUGCAAAACGAAUGGUCUUGUUACUAGCUUAAAGCUGAAUAUUUGCGUUAAAUAAAACGAUUUUUGAGGAAGAACA